CUCGUUGCGGCAAUGUCGGCCGACGUCGGAUCAUAUCGCAUUCCCUGAGUUUCCGUAAUCGGAGGGCCAUGCUUGUCGAGUCUAUUCAUAUUUUUAGUUUCCACCUUCUGUCCUAAGCUCGCCUAUCAAACGUGCGAACAGGCACGCAAUAAUGAGCUCCAAUAAACAGAACCGGAUUUGUCAGGAAAAUGGGAUCAAGCUUUGCCUCCUUCUGCUCUUAGCGAUUUGCACGCGAGUGAUCUUCGCAGCGCAGGCAAAGCACGUGAUCACCAAGCGAAACUACAGUGACCAAAGCGUCAGAGGAUAUCUGGCAGAGAGGACUUGCUGGUGGAACGAAGUUUGCAAGGAGGAAUUUCACAGCAAAUUUCGUUGCCGUUGUCCACGAUGGUCGUACUGCAGGGCACCAGGUCGCUACUACGACGCUCACUGCAGCAUGACCAGGACCGGGUACAUUUGGACCCAACCGGAGACUUCCUUGGCACGGGAAAUCCAAAAAUAGUCCAUCAGGGCCGUGAUGACAGCCCGCAAAGAUGCUGGGUUGAAUUCACCAAGAUUGACGGACUUCUAGCUAUGGUUGCAUGGACAUCCUUUCUGCACAACUUUUCGCGAAUCUGACGAUUCGCUUGGAGUAAUCGUUGAUAAAAUUUUCGUAUACUAGGAGAACAGAACCAACGUUGGAAUUAGUUGAUUGAAUGAUGAUUUGUAAUUUAUUUCGAAUUGUUUUGCGAUGAUUGCACUUCUUGUGGUUGAGGGACUAAUGGCUCGGGUGAAUGCUGAUUUUGCAGAGAGAAACGGGAGGAUGGGUUGACACUGACGUUUAUGAGCCACAAUUUAAAACGAACAAUGAUAGACUAAGAUUGAAAAAAUUGUACAUCGAGAAUUGCGAUGAAUAGAGUCGAACAAAAUUAUAACUUAUUAAACGAACAUGUGAUGCAACGACUAUCAGUAGGGAAAAUAGAUGAAAAUAUAAGAUUGCGGUAGAGGAUCAGAUUAUCAAUUUUUCUUACAAUUUUAGAUCUGCAAGCAUAACAGUAAAUGUACUCAUAGAAUUUUAAUCGUUACAAUUAUUGCCGCGAUAUUCGCGCAGUAGCAAGAGAAACAAGUUUGCGACAAUAUUAUUAUACUAUAUAAAUAUAAUAACGUAGGUGAUAUCUCAAUGUUUAUUGGUAUUUAUUAUUUUCUUAUACCUUCUCAAUAUUAUACAAAUAAAAAGAA